AUGUCUCUCCUCGGAAAGAAGUUCCCCGCCCCUGUGGCCAAGCCUAUGGCUCCUUUCUUCGCUGCCGCCAAAGCUGGAGUGUCCCAGUCUAACGAGGAUUUUGUUACAGGUGUUGUCAUCCUCUACGGCGUCAACUCUCUCGCCAACGCUCUGAUGAACACCGAGGAGUUCAAGAACGAUCCCCGCAACCCUAACGCUAAGAACGUCAAGCACUGA